UUUAAACUUAUUGAUGAAGAUGGAAAACAUUUCGCACUAUCUUGUUUAGUUAAAUCUUCCCUACUCGUGUACUUACAUUAGCGAUAAGUAUACUCACAUUUAAUAUGAAAAUCAAAAGCGUAGUACUUACAUUAGCGAUAAGUGUAUCAGAAGAGUAAUACGUGUUGGAUCAAAUAUUGUUUGAAUAGGAGAAAUAUGUACCCAUGUGUAACAUUAAAGUAGUUAAUACAUGUUUCAUUUCUUUUAAGAUUAUCAUUUCCAUUUAAGACGGCAAAUCGACGUGGACUAUGUCAGUAAAUCUUGAACGAAUAUAAACAUGCCCUACUACUGUUUUUUUUUUUUUUUUUUUACUUGUGAAUAUUACUUUUCGGGAACUGCGUGCCAUUCUUUCAAGUUUGGAAGUCCCACUUUUUCCUACAUCCAUUGUUAGUGUUGCUCUUUCUUUUAGUAUGUGAUUAAUGCAGUGAGUGUACGCUUUAUAAGAAAACAAUUCAGAGAAAAAAUGCUAAAUAGGAAGCAGUAAAUGAUGGAUGCUUCGCCUUGUUACGCCCGGCGAACGUGCGAUAAAUUAAGGACGCCUAAUUUAAGAACUUAGUCCAGUCCUAUAUUUCAAUUGCCUAACGUUGAUCGAAGUGCAGUUGUUUUGAAAAUGAAGACAGUACCCCUUCCCUACAUUUUUGUAAUAUUUAUUUAUGCAUCGUUCGCUGAAGAGUCUUCUCCAAAAGGAUGCAAAGAAAGGUUAGACGUGACUUUUGUAAUCGAUGGAUCAGACAGUAUUUCUGCUGCAAAUUUUCAAAAGCUUCGAUCUUCCAUCGGUGGAAUGGUGGAUGGUUUUCAUAUUGGUUCAGGAGAAACCAGAAUGGGUAUAGUGGUGUAUAGCAAGGGCGUGCACUUUACGGUCCCACUAACUGAUGACCCGGUUUUCCUAAAAAAACAAGCUGUUGUUUUGCCGCAUCCAAGAGAAGGGACAGAAACAGAUGCAGGAGUAAAGGCAAUGCUGGCAAUGUUUAGGAAGCAAAAACGAGAAGGGGUUCCCAUGGCCGGUAUAGUGGUUACUGAUGGGAUAUCUAAGGAUGAAGAUGCUACCCAACUUCAGGCUCAGAUAAGCAAGGACGAGGGGAUCAACAUGUUCUCAGUGGGCGUUGGUCGAUAUACAAAUGAUGAGGAGCUAAAAGGAAUUGCUUCAACGAAAAGUCAAGCAAUAAACGUCACCUCAUUCGAUGAACUAUUGCCCGCUUUACACAAGCUGGUACAACUGGUCUGCCCAAAUAAGUGCAUGAUGCCAGGAGUGAACUCCUACCCACAUGCUAUAUCCAAAAACUGUCGAAUCUAUUGGAAAUGCGAAGGUGAUAAAUCCAAACUAACUUGUUGUCCAAAGGGCUACUCUUACAACGCCCCUACCCAAUCAUGUGUCUAUCAACCAACGUGUACUGUUUCAUGUGGAGACGAGCCGCCUGUCUGCAAUAAGAGGCCGGCGAUCUACCUAACUAACAUGUAUGAAGAAUUUAUUGACGGGUAUGGAUGGGUACAAAGGUCCUGUCCUCCUGGAAUUCUAUACAGCCAAGACACUUGUGGCUGUACAAUAAGACAAACGCCCAAGAGAGUAUGCAGAGUAUUGGUACACAUUCCUUUUGACUUCGACUGUAUCGAUUUAUCCGGCAACAAGUUUUUAGUGAAAAACCAUGGAGUUAAAUUUACCAGAACCGGCUUGGCCUUAUUCGAAAACGAGGCCAAAUUGGUAAUACCACACAUACAGAAAAAACUGGGCUCAAAUUUCCUUGUCAAAAUGAGAUAUAAAGAAUUCCCAAGUUUUGAAACCCAGGGCCUUUUAAGUAAUGGUGAUUGCUACGCCCCUACAACGAUGGCGAUGUUAAAAAGUUCCAUACGUCACACCUAUAGGGUUUACAACCGUCGUGGACAACGUACAACAGUUACCAUUCCUACAAAUUUUCAACCCUGGAACGAAGUCACGUUUAGCCAUGAUGGUAACCGUUUAGCUGGCUCUGUGAACGGAAUUCAAAACAAAGCGAAAACAAACGGCCCGAUCCGAGGGACACCGUAUGGAAUUUCUAUUGGGUUUGUGGAUGGAUACCAGAAUUUCCAGGGAUAUAUGGACUAUGUCACAAUCUAUAAAUGCACAAAUAUCAAUAUGUACACCAAAUACUAAUGAAUGUGGAAUGAAGCAAUGUCUGUGAUAUCUUAGAUACCUCCAAGAUGAUGAAUACAUUUGAAUUUUAAUUGCAAAAA